GCCAGUAACUUAAGUUAACUUUACCCGGGAAAGCUGCUUUUCCAGGUGCAGCGCCGGCAGUAGCCUUACAUCCUAAGGCACCGAGGCAGCAGCCACAAGUUACCCCAAGCCGAACCAGGUUUUCUUUCCGAGCGGCGGCGGUGGUAGAUCACGUGCCUUCGCGUCACGCGCGGCGCGACGGCGAUAAGUCCAUCACUCCAUCACUAACCACCACCACCACCACCAACCAACCAACGAACUAUAACCUCAUCCCAGUCCAACACAUUACCUAUUACACCUCACACCGCCCCCCCUCCGAUACAUACAAUACAACACCUCCAACACCCCCCUCUACUCCAUCAUCUACCGAACCCUGAAAAGAUGUCCCUCCAAACCCCCCGCGUCCUCCCCGCCCACCUGCACGCCUUCCACCCCUCCUCCUCGACCACCAGCAAACACACCGUCCGCAUCCUGGGCACCGUCUCCGCCCUGCGCGGCGACACCGCCACCCUCACCUGCGGCGGCUCGGGGGACGUCACGAUCAUCCUGAAGCCCGACUCGCAUCUGCAGAUGGGGAAGUUGGUUGAGGUGAUUGGGAAGGUGACGGAUUUGAAUGAGGGGGGCGUUGGGAUCCGAUUGCUCGGCGUGACGGAUCUGGGGGAUCCGGCGGAUUGUGAUUACAAGAUCUAUGAGCAGGUGGUCAACGCCACGCAUAAGCUGAAGUCGAUUUUCUAUGAUUCGAAUGAGUGAAGUGAGGUGGAGAGGUGGUAAUGAGGUUGAGGUUGAGGUUGAGGUCGAGUGAUAUACCCCUGUUGCGGUCGGAGGAUUGGAGGGAGAGUGCAUGUUGUUGUUCUUGUUGUUUCAAUAUUUGUUGUUCCAAUAAAUAAAAUGGUGUUAAUCGUCUGUUCGGGGUUGAACCUUGAAGGACAGAGAGUAGGUGUAAGCCUGGUCGGGUCGGACGUGAGAUCUACGGAGUACAGACCAAGAAGUCAAUCAAGCUAGACAAGCAC